AUGAUACACAACUGCUGCCUUUUGCUAAGUCUUCUCCUGCAAUUCACAACAGCCGACAAUGCUUCUUAUGUGCCGCUGGAAGAAGAUUUAAAAGUGGACUUGGGUGAUAUCAUGCGAGAAUCUUACUUUAAUACCCUCACUGAAGUUGCCGAAGGAGUUGCGGAAGUUACUGAUGAUGAAUGUCAGCUUCUGGGGCAAAAGGUAGCACAAGAAAUGGAACGCUUCAGUGCCGCGUCAGGCCAAAGCGGUUGGUAA